AUGUCCACCACCGCCGCGCGUCGUGGUCGGCCGAAAAUCAAACCGCCACGACGGCAUGGCCCUGACGUGUCUAUCGAAAAGACAUGGGCCGAUCUAGCUCAUAACAUUCGGGAAAUCCAAAACCACAAUGCACCAAACUUAUCCUUCGAAGAGAACCACCGUUUCGCAUAUAACCUUGUGCUUCACAAGCAUGGCGAAAUGCUCUAUAAUGGAGUUAUACAGCUCAUUGCUGAAGACCUCGACAACCGCAGCAAUGAACAUAUCUUCCCCGCAUUCCCUUCUGGCUCCUCCGAUCCAACUGUGCAAGGUCAAGAGGCCGAAAUGCUGUUGAAAGCAUUAAGACGUGUUUGGGACGACCAUACGAGUAAUAUGGUCAGGUUGGGUCAAAUUCUCAAGUAUAUGGACAGAGUGUACACCAAAUCAGCUCAAGUUCCUGAAAUCUGGGACGCCGGUCUCAGUCUUUUUCUAAAGCACAUUAUUCGUCCUCCAAUACAAGACCAGAUUGUGGCAGGUGUUCUCAGUCAAAUCCAUUCUGAGCGCGACGGUUAUGUCGUGAACCGCUCGGGGAUCAAGGGCUGCGUAGAUGUCUUGCUGACUCUGCAAGUGCAAGCUGGCACCAAGACCGUGUACCAGCGUGAUCUUGAACCCCUUCUUCUGAAAGAAAGCGAAGUAUUUUACAAGGCAGAGGGCAAGAGAUUACUCGAGUCGUGUGAUGCUUCCGAGUAUCUUCGGAAGGUUGAAAGCCGGCUUGAGUCAGAAGAUUCCAGGACCCACCACUAUCUUUCACGCAAUACGGCUGCUCCGUUGCGUCAAAUUCUACAAGACAAUCUUCUUACCGCCCACCUCUCGUCCAUUGUGUCAAUGGAAAACUCUGGAUUGGACGUCAUGAUUGAUUUGAACAAGAUACCAGAUAUGGCACGCUUGUACCGCCUCUUCCUAUCGGUAACACCGGGGAUGGCCUGCCUCAAACGCGCAGUACGCGACUCCAUUCGAAGGAGAGGGGAAGCCAUUAACCAUGCUUCCUCUGGAAUGGAGGAGGGAGAGAACGGUGAAAAGCCGACGAAAACUCGCGCUGCAGCAGGGGCACAAACUCUCACAUUAGCGCUCAAAUGGGUGCAGGAUGUUUUGGACCUCAAAGACCUGUUCGACAAAAUAUGGACUGAGGCGUUCUCCAAUGACCAUGAUUUAGAGGAGGCUAUUAAUGAGACUUUCCAAUCUUUCGUCAAUUCAAACGAGCGGGCUUCUGAAUUCAUCUCUCUGUUCAUUGACGACCAUCUUAAACGAGGUCUAAAGGGUAAAACUGAUAUGGAGGUGGAUCUCGUUCUCGACAAGUCUAUCACCGUGUUCAGAUACCUCACCGAGAAGGACGUAUUCGAGCGAUAUUACAAGGGUCACCUGGCCAAACGCCUCCUCCACGGACGAUCGGUGUCUGAUGAUGCAGAACAGGGCAUGCUGGCCAAACUCAAAGUGGAAUGUGGCUACCAAUUCACGCAGAAAUUGGAGGGGAUGUUCAACGACAUCAAGAUUUCAGAGGAGACGAUGAAAGCCUACAAGAGACACCUUGCUUCUACGUCGGCACCUCAAAUCGAUAUCUCAGUCAUCGUGAUGACAUCCACCUUUUGGCCCUCGGCACAAUCCGAUUCCGGCUGCACACUACCUCUAGCAAUGAUCAAUGCCACUCGGUCGUUCGAGCUAUUCUACCUAUCGAGACACUCAGGCCGGCGGCUGACUUGGCAACCGACAUUCGGGAACGCUGAUGUUCGGGUUACUUUCAAAGCUCGCAAACAUGACUUGAACGUGGCAACAUUGGCGCACGUCAUUAUAGUCUAUUUACUCCGCACGCUCAUUCCCUUGCAGGAAAUCAAACAGGCAACAUCCAUAGCUGAUCCCGAGCUGCAGCGACAUCUGCAAUCACUUGCAUGCGCCAAGUUCAAGGUCCUCAAGAAGCACCCUCCUGGUCGUGAUGUUCAUCCAUCUGACUCGUUCUCGUUCAACAAUGACUUCACAUCGAAUCUACAGAAGAUCAAGAUCAGCACGAUUUCGUCCAGAGUGGAAAGCGGAGAAGAGCAGAAAGAGACGCGAGACCGUAUCGACGAAGAAAGACGACACCAAACAGAGGCUUGUAUCGUCCGCAUCAUGAAGAGCCGCAAACAUAUGACCCAUAACGACCUUGUCACUGAAGUUACUCGACAGCUCGCAGGCCGUUUCCUGCCUAAUCCAUUGAUUAUCAAGAAACGCAUUGAGGGGUUAAUUGAGAGGGAGUAUCUUGAGAGAUGUACAGACCGCAAGUCAUAUAACUACAUGGUUAGCCAUAGUUGUGUUGUUGCUUCCCUCUUACCGUUUUUAGGCGUAGUGGAGGAUGAGUCAGCUGUACUUGUACCAGCAUCACACAUUUCUGUAUUUCUACUCGCACUUUCCGACCCAAUUCAUGAUCACGAAUCCACAAGUCCCGACACACAAAAAUGCAUUGUACCCGAAAGAGUGAGAUAG